CGUUUGAUAAAGGAGGAAUGGGAGAAGGAGCAGAGGAGAGAACAGGAGCAGAGGGAGCAGAGGCAGCAGGAGAAGCGGGACAGAGAGGAGGCUGUUCAGAAAAUGUUGGACGAAGCUGAAAAUCAGCUGGACAAAAGAGGACCCUGGAUGAACCCGGAGGCUCCUGCUGCCGUGAACUCUGAGAACUUUGGGACGGAGCGCGACGUGGCCAACUGUCCCUUUUUCCUUAAGACCGGAGCGUGUCGCUUCGGAGACAGGUGUUCUCGGAAGCACAUCUACCCGGCCUCCAGCCCCACGCUGCUGGUCCGCGGGAUGUUCGUGACGUUCGGGAUGGUGGAGUCUCGGCGGGACGAUUACGACAUGGACGCUUGCUUGGAGCAUAGCGAGGAGGACCUGCACGAGUCCUUCCUGGACUUCUACCACGAUGUUCUGCCCGAGUUUAAGAGCGUGGGCAGAGUGGUGCAGUUCAAGGUCUGCUGCAACCACGAACCACACCUGAGAGGAAACGUUUACGUUCAGUUUGCCACAGAGGAGCAGUGCAAAGAGGCUUUCCUCAGGUUCAACGGCAGGUGGUACGCCGGGCGGCAGCUUCAGUGUGAGAUGUGUCCCGUCACCCGCUGGAAGAGCGCCAUAUGUGGACUGUUUGACAGACAGAAGUGCCCCAAAGGCAAAAACUGCAACUUCCUUCACGUGUUCCGAAAUCCUGGUAACGAAUUCUGGGAGGCCGACCGGGACCUGCAGCUCUCCCCCGACCGCAGCGUGAGGGGGAGCCGGCGAGACGAGCGGCGAGACGAGCGGCGAGACGAGCGGCGAGACGAGCGGCGAGACGAGCGGUUCAGCGAGCGGUCCUGGAGGAGGCGGCGCUACAGCCGGAGCCCGGAACGCUCAGAGAGAUCUCACGUCAGGAGCAGGAGGAGCAGGAGCAGGAGCAGGAGCUCCCACCGUCACAGAGAGGACACUUACACGUCCAGAUGGAGACACGGGGACAGGAGGACAGAGAGACGCAGGAGCGGAGACAGGCUGAGACAUGACAGUAGAGACAAACACAGGGACAGGUCUGAAGACGAGGACACGGACAGAGAGACCAGGUCCAGAAGCAUCAGCAGAGAGAAGAAAAAGAAACGAAGCAGAGAAAAGAGCUCCGAGAGAACUGGAAGCAGCUCCCGCCAUCGACACAAACACAAGAAGAACAAGAAGAACAAGAAGAAACACAAGAAGAAAAGCCCCACAACCUCAUCUGCUGAGUCAGCACAUGAGGACGAGCCAGAGCCAGAGUCUGGAGACGGGACGAGAACCCAGGAGAGCCAGGAGAACCAGAUGAGCCAGGAGAACCAGGCUGAGCACGAGAACCAGGAGAACCAGAACCAGGUUGACCAGGAGAACCAGAUGAACCAGGAGAACCAGGCUGAGCACGAGAACCAGGAGGGCCAGAACCAGGUUGACCAGGAGAACCAGGCUGAGCACGAGAACCAGGAGAACCAGAACCAGGUUGACCAGGAGAACCAGGCUGUGCAGGAGGAUGUAAGGUCAGAGGAGAAACAGGAAACAGAAACAUUGACCCUUCAACAUAAAACAUAUCCACCUGUUCAGAUUAAAUAAUCCAGAUUACUGCAGAUUAAAGAUGUUACACUGAUAUUCCAGUCAGUACUUCAGCCUGAAAUACUUUUACUCAUAAAAACAACCCAGUACUUUGUACUGAUCCCACUGUUAUUGUCUGUGACAUCACUUCCUGUUUGUAGAUAUUUUAAGAUUAACACAAACAGUCUGCUGUGUUCUGAAUAAAGAAAUAUAUUUCUACAGUUAUUAUGUGAUAUUUAAAUAUUAACUCAACUACGAGUACACAAACUGAAGUACUUGUACUCUGAAAUGAACUCAUAUCACAUCUUUAGGAAAAGCAGAAAAUGUUACUUUGUUUCGGCUACUUGGAAAGUCAGAUUUCAGGAAGUUAUCACCUGCUGGUGUAACCGAUGUCUGUUAGCAAAAUAUUUAAUGACUCAAUGAACACUUCAGAAUAAAACUGUAAUCACUGGGUUUA